GUUGUCCUCGUAUGUAGACACUUUUACCACCAUCUUGUGGUAGGAAAAGCACAUUACAUGUGUUACUAUAAUUCCAAGAUGGCGUCGAUCUCAGCCAAGAUGUUCUACAGCCGAGCCCGAAAUAAAAAUGGACAAGGAAGUGAAAACACUAACCCACAGGUUGGUGAAAUAAAUUCCACCCAUCACCACAAGAGAAGUGCUCUUUGUGCAGCGUCCUGCUCACACAACACUGCCUGGUGUCAGACUGUCGUUCUCUGUGUAAUCCAGCAGAAAAGAUCUUAGGGGCAGAAAUCUCAGAGAUGGAGGCCAUUGCCAAAAAUGAAACACACUUAAAUGCUACUGUUGAACCCGUCAUAUCAAAAGAGAUGCAGGAUGCUCCUGACUCUGAUAUGUCCUCACCACCACUGCCACACUCCAGCCAAAGUGAAGAACCUCCACCCUACUCUGCAGCCCUAGAAAUGGACCCUCCACCCAAGUCUGAGACAAUUCCUCAGCCUGGCAGUGGCUAUGAAUCUUUGGCCGGCAUAGGUGAACAAGAUGCCACAGACACAACUUCCAUUAAAACAACAUGUCCUUUUGAUGACAAGGCAGUGAGAAGAGGGUUUAUUAGAAAGGUGUUCUGCAUCCUCACUCUCCAGCUGCUGUUCACCUUCAGUGUGGUGUGUGUGUUCACCUUCUCCAGCGUGGUCAAAAAGGCUGUGCAGGAAAACCUGUGGGCCUAUAUCAGCUCCGUCAUCAUCUUCAUGGUGGUGGCCAUCACCCUCAGCUUUUUGAAGUCCUUCAGUCGCCGUCACCCAUGGAACAUUGUGGGACUGGCGGUGGUCACCGUGAGCUUGUCGUACAUGGUGGGAACCGUCGCCUCCUUCUAUGACACCCGUUCUGUGAUCAUCACAAUGGGAGCAACGUUGGCCAUUACUGUCACGGUCAUCGCUUUCUCAGCACAGACUCGUUUUGAUUUCACUAUUUGUUAUGGACUUCUGCUGAUUCUGGCUGUGGACCUGAUAAUGUUUGGAUUCUUCUCCAUCUUCUACUACCACUACAUCACUGACAUCUGCUACGGAUGUCUGGGAGCACUGCUGUAUUCGCUAUUCCUGAUAAUCGACUGUCAGCUGAUGAUGGGUAUGAUGAGUAACCGUGUGGAUCCUGAGGAAUACAUCAACGCUGCUCUCCUGAUCUACCUGGAUGUAGUCCUCAUCUUCCUCUACCUGCUGGGGAGGAGCUGAAACUGUACCGACAAAAUACUCACACAACAUACGCAGACAGAAACAGACACUCCAAACUGUACCCACAAAAUAAUGUCUUUUAUUAUGAUGAAUGAAUAAUUAUCAGUGUUUUUUCCAGUUUUUUGUCUUCGUCUCAGUUUUAUAUAAAUAAAAGAAACAUUUUGAACAGAAAGUUGUUUGAGAUAAAAACAUCAAUUCAAUUGCUAUUUUUUUGCCAUUAAUGAGACACAUUCAUAAAACACUGGCAUAUAUUCAAUAUAAAUGAAUACCGGUAUAUAAUAAAUAAAGGAGUUCCAAGUCAUUAGGACACUGAUAAUCCAGUAGAUCCAUAAGGCAAUUUGUGUUAAAUACAGCAACUUCCAUAUGCAACAUGCAAUAUUGCUUAUAAAAACAGCUUUAUAUUGAUAGAAAUAGUAUUAAAUGUUCUCAAUUUUUCUUCAUAUCACACGGAUUCAUCCUCAACCUUUAGUGUCACCAAAACUUCAGCAGCGAUACAAUCAACUUGUGGUCCCAUUCUACUAAUCAAGAAAUAUUCCAAAAUUUAACUCACACAGUCCAACACCAUUUUCUACCAUAUUAAUAAA